AUGGUCAUGAAACUGGAUCUGGUUCGAUGCGAAACGGCGGAAAGAAUUAGAGAAAUAUGGCAGACGUAUCACAAGAGCAAAUUCUGUAUUGCCUCGUCCAUCGACGCCGAUCAAUUCGCCCCCGUUCACCAAAUCGUGUCGAAGUUUCCGAGCUAUGUUGUACCGUUGGUCAGGUCGAGUCAGGGGGCGGAAUUCUUCUACUUUCGACAAGACGGCAACUACUGGCUGUUCUACAGACUGGCAGAAGUCCAGCUGCGCCGAGAAGAAGCAGCUCCGGCGCUGAAGGUGGUCUAUUACUUCGACUUCUUUGACGACAAAAAGCUAGUUCUGAUGAGGGGCGAAAUCGACCCCGUCGCUCUCACCAUGAUCGAGAGUCAGUUCCUGUUGAACCAAGUUCAGGUCUGUUAUCUGGACCCAAGGAGGCUCCAGAGCGUAGUGUCCUUCAACAGGAACCCGGAAAAGUUCAACUGGAACGAACUCUUGGACGACAUCGGCAUGAGUGCAGAGAAAAAAUAA